UUUAUAAGCUCAAAAUGUGGUGGAUGACCAUUUAGUUAUACUGAUUCACAGAGACAUGACAGUCACUCUAUUAAACUUACUGGUCUUUAGUCCACUUGCUGGCACUUAUGUGGCAUGGGACUGUCAGAAGGUUGGGAAAGUGAAAGAUCUGUUGCAGAUUGAUGCCGGACAAGGUCAGGUGGUUGCAACAGACAAAAGUCAGAUUCCCUACUCCCUCCGAGGGUCCAAAUGGAGCCGCCUGCCUGGUACUCUGAAGCAUGUCACUGUUGGACCAGCAGGGACCUGGGGGGUCAACAAGGAGGAUGCGAUCUACAAGUAUGUGGCUGGGAACUGGGUCCUAGCUCAAGGCUUUCUGAAGCAGGUGGAUGCUGGGGGUGACCAGUUCAUUGUUGGCACCAACAGGCAAGACAAACCUUACUGUUUAAGUAGUAGUGCCACACUUGGCUACAAGGGUCCUGGCUCGCCCUUGCCAUGGACAGAAUUACCAGGAAAUGUAAAGUACUACAGUUGUGGACCCUUUGGGUGCUGGGCAGUCAACAAACAAGACGCUAUCUUCUUCAUGAGACUGAGGCCAGACUGCCAAAACAAUGGGUGGAGUGGUGUUGCUGGACAGCUUUCCAUGAUUGAGGUGGCAACUGAUGGUAGUGUCUUUGGGGUCAACUCUGCAGGUGACCUCUACUCCAGAGAUGGUGUCACUUCAGAUAAACCCUGGGGAACUGGAUGGAGCCAUAUCCCAAUGAAGAUGCCCAUGAAGCACGUUAGCUAUGACCUGGGCCGUCUUUGGGUCAUCUCAAAGUCUGGAAUCACCUUUCUGUGUACACUUUAGUCUCUCCUGCAGAUGAAGACUAUUCAGGAUCUGACUUGAAUGUAUUCCAUGUAAUUGCUGAUUAAUAUCCAAUGAAUAAAGUGGUUCAGAGUUAA